UCAAGUGCUGCCAGAGGGUGCUGGCCUGGGUGCCCGUGGUCUUCAUCGCCCUGGUCGUGGCCUGGUCCUACUACGCCUACGUGGUGGAGCUGUGUGUGUGAGGAAAUUAAGUCUGCUUCGGGAGGAUGUUCACCCGUUCAGGGGAAAUGGAGACGCACAGGGAUGUGCAGCAUUCACCAGCCUUGCUGGGCUUUGGUAGCAGUGUAGGAAAUCUAAGAAACGCAUCACUUGGUGCUCAGUAUUUUAAAGCAAGGAAGGUGGAAUUAAAAGUUACUAUUUCUUCAACUGCAGAAAAAGUUGUGUACCUUGUGAUUUUCCAUCUGUCAUUUGUCAUGUUUGUAUGGUCCUAUGGGAAGACAAUUUUCACAUCUCCUGCAUCCCCCUCCAAUGAGUUCUGCUUGUCAAAAGCUGAUAAAGAACAAUAUGAAAAGGAAGAGAGACCAGAGUCCCAGCAGGAGAUUUUGAGAAGAGCUGCUAAAGACUUGCCUAUCUAUACGACAACAGCAUCAAGAGCCAUCAGAUACUGUGAUCGAUGCCAGCUGAUCAAACCUGACCGCUGCCACCACUGUUCUGCGUGUGACAUAUGUGUACUAAAAAUGGACCACCACUGUCCAUGGGUGAAUAAUUGUGUGGGAUUUUCUAACUACAAAUUCUUCCUCCUGUUUUUAAUGUAUUCCUUACUGUACUGUCUGUUUGUUGCUGCUACAGUCUUGCAGUACUUCAUAAAGUUUUGGACAAAUGAAUUGCCAGAUACCCAUGCAAAGUUCCAUGUACUCUUCCUUUUCUUUGUGGCAGCCAUGUUCUUCAUCAGCAUACUGUCACUGUUCAGCUACCACUGCUGGCUAGUUGGCAAAAACAGAUCAACCAUAGAAACAUUCCGCGCACCCACAUUUCGAAACGGCCCUGACAAAAACGGCUUUUCUCUUGGAUGCAGCAAAAACCUGAGGGAGGUUUUUGGAGAUGAAAAGAAGUAUUGGCUGCUCCCUAUUUUUACCAGUUUGGGCGAUGGGUGUAAUUUUCCAACUCGCUUGGUGAUUAUGGAUCCAGAGCAACUAACUGUCUCAAGCCAAAAUGAACCUGCCAAAAGCUCUGGAGCCAAUCAGCCCUUUCCUACUCGACCACUCAGUGAAUCAAAAAAUCGAUUGCUAGCCAGUGACAGUCAGUGGGUAGAAAGUGGCCCUGAAGAUGAAAAUGUUAAAUCAGGUACAAAAAAGCAUAUUAUAGUUUCAUUGGAAAGCUGAUCUCAGCUUAUUACUAACCAACAUCUCAGUGAGAAACAGGUUUCUGCAACACAUUUUGUGCUUGAAUGUUACUUAAUUUUGUUUGGAAGAUUUGAUCAGUAAAAAUGGAACAUGAGCAUUUUAUGAGGAGACAAGAAAUUGAAGUUUCUGCACAGUCCAGUGGAUUCUUGUAAGCACUAUUUGCAGAGCAGGGAAGUUCAGACAGAUGCCUUAAGAUUCUUCAUGUGCAUUUAUGCAGCACUGAAUUAUAUACUGCUACCAAAGGGCCAAAUCCUGAAGUGCCCUGCUUGGAUGCACAAGGUCCAGAGUGGGAACUAUGCAUUUCUGUAUGCUGCAGUGGCAGGGACUGCUACCUCCCCACGGGCAAACUUCAUACCUUAGGCACUGCAGAAGUCACUUCCGUAGCAGGUCUCAAGGGUACAGAAAGAGAAGAAGAAAAAAGGAUGGAGAAGAGGAAAGCUUGGCUGAUGAGCCUGAAGUACAGCUGUUCACAGCUCAUACACCAGCUGGUGGGAGAGGAAGGUACUGGAUGACACGUUCGUGGUCAUAGCUAUGUAAGUCUUUCAGGACUGAGGAUUCCUUCUGCUGACUGUGCUGUGGAACAAAACAAUGCUAACAAAGUAAAAGCCUUUUACUUGGCCGUUGUUUUUUUGCUAUCAGAUUGAACCCCCUCAUCCUCCUAACUUGACCAUGUAACUAUAUCAAGAACAUAGCUCAAAGAAGUGAGCUCUCUUUUAGUUGAUAAAAACAUGGUUUACUGCUUUUCAACAAUUUCCUAUCAGCAUAAAAAGAAAAUCCGAUUGAAAAAGGAAUUAACAAACUGUUACAUUUUCAGUUAAUGUUUGCAGUGUUCUGUAUGAGGCAGCAACAAAAUGGCAAUGUACCCCUGAGAAAAAUCUUAGUGCAGUCACGUGUCGUUAGAAAAUGGAACUGGAAGCGUACUGCUUUUUAUAUGGGACUCAUGAUGGUUUAUAAAUACUGUUUUAUACUUUUGUUUUAUCUUUUUAAUAAAAACACAAGUUUUUAUUGGUUCUGAAGUACCAUUUAAACAAAUUUCAAGUACUUAUGAGAAAGUUAGUGUUGGAUCAUGCACUUGUGUUAACACACCAGAACUCUGUAUGCUGUCUGCUUCGUCUGCCACUUUCAAGUCCAUUUUAAGUGAUGCUGAACUGCUAAAGAUGAGUGCUUUGUUCAGUGAUGUACCAUGUUCACAAAAGGCAAAACAUGUUUCCUGUGUUGAGGAAUAAAGUCCAACUAAGCUCAA